AUGGAGGAUACAGAAGAUGCUACUCAGGCUACGCAAGUAACUGUAAAUGAGGGCGAAAAAUCCUCCGAGUUGGGAACGCAAAGUGAAAAUGUCUACUUAAAGCUGGUUAUGACUCGAAUGGGUGAUGGGAAAACACAAGUCAUACCUCUUUCGCGAGAUGUUCAUAAUGGUGUUUGGAGAUUUGGUAGACAUCGUACUUGCGAGGUUUCCAUAGGAGGUCCUAGGGUUAGCAAUUUUCACUUUGAAAUCUAUCAGGGUCAUGCUAGUGAAAUGGAAUCACGGGAUAACGUUAUAUUUUUACACGAUCACUCUUCUAAUGGCACAUACUUAAACUUGGAGAGGUUACCAAAAAAUGGUCGCACUAUUUUAUCGCAUGGAGAUGAAAUUCGGGUUGGUUUAGGAGUACCAAAAGAUGAAAUUCGAUUUUUAUGCCAAAUUCCUUAUAACAAGUCAGAGAGCAUGAGAAAAGAAGUGAUUUCGUCGGAGGAAAAUAGAUACGAAGUUCUUCGGACCCUUGGUACAGGGACAUUCGCUAUAGUAAAAUUAGCGGUUGAUUUAGAAACCGGCGAAUACUACGCCAUCAAAGUCAUCAACAAGAAAAAAAUUUUACUCACCAGUUCCGAAAAACGUGCUACGGAAAUGUUUCAGCGAGAAAUUGAAAUAAUAAAAACGCUACAUCAUCCUGGCGUUGUGCGAUGCCGGGAAGUUUUCGAAACUGGCGAAGAAAUAUUUAUUGUCAUGGAAUAUGUGGAAGGAGGAGAUCUUAUGGAUUUCCUAAUUGCAAAUGGUUCAAUAGAUGAACAAGACAGCAAGCCUUUAUUGAAAGAAAUCCUAGAAACCCUUAUUUAUUUACAUGAAUCUGGUAUUGCCCAUAGAGAUAUUAAACCAGAGAAUAUUUUGAUUACCAAAGACUUUCAUUUAAAACUUUCUGAUUUUGGUUUAGCUAAAGUUCUUCAUGGCCAGGGCACAUUCUUGGAAACCUUUUGCGGAACAAUGGGUUAUCUGGCCCCAGAAAUUUUACAAUCCAAGACCACUCCUCCUGUGGGUGGUUAUGGUAAUAAAGUAGACAUCUGGAGUCUUGGAUGUGUUCUAUAUGUUACAUUAACUGCUACAAUCCCAUUUGCGGCUCCAAGUCAAGAAGAAUCUAUCAAACUUAUAUCCAAAGCAGAUUUCCCCAUGUCCCCACUACUGGAAAAUGAAGUAUCUUCGGAGGGAAUCGACUUGAUCACACAAAUGUUUCAACUGGACCCUCAGAAGCGGAUUUCUGGAAGAGAAGCAUUAGAUCAUCCUUGGUUCAAAACUGGAUCGUCUAUUCAGGUUUUAGAAUCCCCACCACUUUCAGAAUGUGAACACAAUCCUACUGAACAAAUCCAUUCUCCUUUAUAG